AUGGUGGAGGACCUCGACGGCGUCACGCCGCGGGCGCUCGACAGCCAGUACUACAGGAACCUGCUGUACAGGGGCGAGGGGGUGCUGACAUCCGACGUGGCGCUGCUGAGUCACCCGUUGACUGCCAUGUCGGUGAGGUACUACAACGAUCACCCGCAGGAGUUCCUCAACCAUUUCUCGUCCAAGAUGGACAAGCUCUACAAUGUGCCCCGCCCCGGGUUCGGCGAGAUCCGACGGUUCAGCUGCUUCAGGACCAACAAUAAUGGCUGGUUCGUCGACCGCGGCGGCGACGUCGGCGAGGGGGAGGGGCACCCAGCUUCUGCUUGA